AUGAAUGCAAUUAUGAAAUUUUCUCAUAGAUCAUCUUCAUUCAGUCAAGGAGACAUUUACAAUAGACUAUUAGAUAUGCAUGAUGAGUUAUCUAAAUCCAGUAGGAGUCUAAAUAAUCUUAUUAACUAAAGUUUAAGAUAACUAUAGAAACCAAAAGAAGAUAAUCGUUUUAGUUUUUCUGCUGAAUUUUAAUAACAAACAUAAUAAUAAGAAAAAGAAGACCAAGAAUUGGAUCAUUUAGAUGAAGUGGAUGAAAAGAAAUAAAUUAGUGAAAGAGAGUAGAUUUUAGAGAAUAAAAUAUAGAUUUAUGAGUCAGCAUUGAUAACUUUAGAAGAAGAAAAGUAAGAGAAAGAUCAAGAAAUCAAGAGACUUAAGAAUAUGUAAACAUAAACAUUAUCAAUAGGUUGAAUAAAUAAGAUAAAUAAUAAUAAGAAUACAUAUAAAAUGAUGAAGAGAACAAUAAAUAAAGUGUAAUUAGAAAGCAAUUGUUAAUAUUAGAUGAUCAUUUAAACUAUUUAGAAGAAAGAAAAUUAUUGUAAUAAAAAAUCAAAGAUUAUGAAGUUAAGUUUAAAGAAUAAAAAGAAACUAUUGAUUCUUAAAAGUUAGAAAUUUCUCGCUUAAAACAUAUCAAUUAAUACUUACAUAAGUCAAUAGAUAAGUUAUAAAAAUUGUGA